CUAUUAUGACACUACAUUUCGCUUAACAAAAAUGUGAAAUACAUGGCUAAAUAUUGAUGAAAAAUAUCGUUAUAUUAGGGGGAGGAAUAUCAGGAUUGAGUUCAGCUUAUUACCUUUUAAAAUCUACUAAUGCAAAGGUCACAAUUAUUGAAAAGUCAAAAUCAAUUGGAGGAUGGAUAAAAUCUCAUCAAUAUGAUAAUAAUAUUGUUCUUGAAAGAGGUCCUCGAACUAUUCGUGCUUAUGGCUUUGCGGCUAAAUCAACUCUAAAUUUAAUGCAUAAUAUUGGGCUAGAUGACAAAAUUAUAGGAAUUAAGAGUAAUGAUCCCAGAGCAACUAAUCGUUAUAUAUAUUAUAAUAAUCAUUUGCACAAACUGCCAUCUAAUAUCUUGAGUCUUUUUAAAAGGAAUAGUCUUUUAAAAAAUCCACUCUUGUAUUAUAUUAUGAAAGAGUUAUUUACAUAUGAGAAAUCAAUGUAUAAUGACAAAUCUGUAUAUGAUUUUUUUACUCAAACAUUUGGAAAAGAGAUUGCUGAUUUUAUUAUUGACCCUUUAUGUAAAGGCAUAUAUGCAGGAAAUAGUAAAAAAUUAAGCUCAAAAUCGUGUUUUAAAGAUCUAUUUGAUUAUAAAAACUUAUAUGGGUCUGUAAUUUUAGGAACUUUGGUUUCACCUAAAAAAAUUAUUUAUGAAAAGAAUGAUUGUCAUUUAAUUAAAAAAAUAAAAGAUGAGAAAUGGACUCUUUGGUACUUACAGGAUGGCCUUGAAACUUUAAUUCAAAAUUUAUAUAAUUUCUUAAUUAAACAUUACCCUGAUAGAUUUAAUCUUAUAAUUAAUUGCCCAGUCAAAUCCAUUAAUAUAAAUCAAAAUUUAAAAGUUGCAACAAUUGAACUUCAAAAUCAAAAUAUUGUUUAUGAUUAUAUAAUAUCAGCUAUGCCAUCAAAUGCCCUUUCAGAUAUUUUAGAUUAUUCAUGUAUAACAAAUACAAAAAAUUCAACUAUAUUACUACCAUUAAAUAAUGAACUUAAUAAAAUUUCUUUUGUGGAUGUUGUAGUGGUUAAUUUAAUAUAUAAAAUUGAAAAUAUAACAGAAAUAAACUUACUCCCUAAAGGAUUUGGUUAUCUUUUACCAUCAAAAGAAAAUACACCAUUAUUAGGUACCAUAUUUGAUUGGUGCUUAAGGUGGAAGCAACAUAAUAUCAAUGAAGAAUUUCCAAGAAAAAUUAAUUUUACAUGCAUGAUUGGUGGAGCUUGGAUGGAAAAUUUCUUUCACAAUGUUGAUGCUAAUGACCCAAAAUUAUAUAUCGACUUUGCCAUCAAAUCAAUUAAAUCACAUAUAGGAAUUAAAUCUGAUCCAAUAUUUUAUGAUGUUAAUAUGCUUAAAAAAUGCAUUCCUCAAUAUCACGUGGGACAUUCAGAUAUCUUAAACAAUAUUCGCGAAAUAAUUGAAAAUAACAAUCUUCCAAUCAGAUUAGUAGGAGCGUCUUACGAUGGAAUAUCCGUAAACGAUUGCAUACAUUCAGCAAAAAUAAUGUGCGAUAAAAUAUCUACAAGUUUUUAAUGAUAGGUUUCGAAAUAAAAUUAUUUAUACAAAACUACACUACUAUUGAAUCAAAUUUAUUUUCUAUCUAAAAACAUCUGUGAUAAAUUAUAUAUUAUUCUUAUAUAUUGUACAUACAUAAUUAUAUCAAAUAGAUAUAUGAAAUAAUUUAUACAAAUAAGUAAAAUAUUUUAUCAUAACUAUGAUAUAAUAGCGGGCACAAAUUCGGUGUUCAUUUAUCAAUUUAUGCACAUUGUCUUCGAUCGUGUCAUCUUUUAGAGGCGAUAAUACUUUACAAAAAAAAUGCAAUUAUAGUUUAGUAAAAAUUAACGUAUUGUUAUCAG